AUGAAUGGUGAAGAGGAGACAUGGGAAAAACUAGAUGCAGAAUUUGAUCACUGUGUUGUGGAUAUGAAGCCUCACGUUCUAAAACUACAGCAUAGGUCAGAACGACAAAGAUGUGCACUGUGGAUUAAAAAACUCUGUGAGCCCUCGGGAGCAGGCACAGGAACAGCAGGAAGGAAGAAUCGGAACCUAUAUGCAAAACUUCUGCUGCACAUGCUGAAACGAGGAGUGCUGGAAGGUCCUUUCACCCAUAAACCAGAACCAGGAAUGCUGAAAACUUUACCUUCGUAUAUGUUGAUUUAUUUUGAUGAACCCAAUUCAACAAGAGUUCAGAGUAGCAGCCCAGAGUGCUUACCUGACUGGGUAAUGGGAGAACUGGGAAACGGUGAAACCAAGCAUGAGGAAUGGUGUAAGAUGUUCUCUAAAGAGGAAUCAUCAUCUUUAGCAACAUCACUUACAUAUGGGGAAAGAUUCAAGUACAGUGAGAAGCCAGCAUUAAGAUCACAUUCUAUGAGUCCUCCUCACCAGAAAGAUGAAGAUAACCUAGCUGCACCACUGUCUGAGCAUCAUGAUAAAAAAACCGUUUCUUUGGAUGACAGUGACCUUGAAGCACGUCUCAAUAGUUGGAAUCUUGGGUUAGAAAAUCCAAGAUAUUUGCGAGAAAAACCAAUGCCAGUAUCUUUGAUGACACCCAAACUUGACCUAGGAAAAAGCAGCACUUCUCGUGAUGAACAUGCCCUGUGUCGAAUGCGUGAAAAAGAGCUGGAGAUUAAAAUGAAAAUAGCAGAACGCAAGUUUCACGAAGAGAGACUUAAAUUAGAGCAGAAACAUGAUGCUGAUGUUCAAAAGAUUUUGAAUAGGAAGAAUGACGAAAUAGAGGUGUUGAAGUCCCUCCACAAAACCAAACAAAAUGAAGCUGAGGAGAUGAAUAGAAAACUGGAGAAGAAAGUUCAGACCCUUGUUCGAGAGUCACAAGUCGUCAGAGAAGCAAAAGAGAAGCAGAUUGUGGAGUUAAAGAAGAUGUGUGAGCAGAGCAAUGAUUCUUUGAACAAUGAGUGGGAGAAAAGGCUUCACAACGCUGUGGCCGAGAUGGAGAAGGAGAAGUUUAAUAUUCGGAAGAAGCACGCAGAAGAUAUUCAGGAGCUGCUGGAGGACACCAGUGCUCGCCUCAGCAAGAUGGAGGAAGACUGUCUGAAACAGAAAAAGUCAACUGAUGAGACGGUCAAAGACCUGGAGGCCCGUGUCCAGCAGCUGACUGUUGAAGCUGAAAAUAAUAAUUUACAGCGUCAAAAAUUAUCUCAAGAAAAGGCUGAUGCAGAACAACGUUACCAGGCGGUCUGCUCUGAACUUCAGGAAAUGAAAGCAAGGCACAGCUCACUCCAGAAAGAGAUGGACCACAUUAUACAGGAAUAUGAGAAGAAUAUUCAGCAACUACAAAGUAAAUAUGAUGUCGAUAUGAAUUUUAUAAAGCAGGAACAUGCUCUCUCUGCAGCUAAGGCAUCUGAUACUAUUAAGGAAUUACAGCAGAGUGUGUCUCUAUUAAAACAACAGUUAGAAGAGUCAGAGCAUCAAAGACAGCAACAGCUGAGGGAUCAAGAAUACAAGCUUCAACAGGACAAACUUCACUUGGAACGUGCAUAUGAAAAACAGGUUCAUGGCAUCCGGAAUGAUCUUGAUAAAGAAAGAGGGGAUGCUCAAAAGAAAAUUCGCAAACUGGAGGAAACUUUGAAGGAGAAGGAGGAGCAGCUGACUCGGGUGACAGAGGUACAGAGGCUGCAGGCCCAGCAGGCAGAUGCUGCCCUGGAGGAGUUUAAGCGGCAGGUGGAGCUGAACUCAGAAAAAGUCUAUGCUGAAAUGAAACAGCAGAUGGAAAAGGUUGAAGCAGAUCUAAGCAGAUCAAAAUCACUCCGGGAAAAGCAAUCCAAAGAAUUCUCCUGGCAGCUGGAAGAGCUCAAGCAAAGAUAUGAGCAACAGAUAGUGGAGCUGAAGCUGGAGCAUGAACAGGAGAAGACGCACCUAUUCCAGCAGCACAACGCAGAGAAGGACUGCCUGGUCCGAGACCAUGGACGGGAGAUGGAGAAACGGGAGAAGCAGCUUCGCGCUGCCAUGGCAGAGCACGAGAGUAAGACUCAAGAAUGCAGGAAGCGACACGGCCAGGUUAUCUGUGACAUGGAGAACCAAAUCCACAAGCUGAAGGAAGAGCUGAUUCAGGUCAAUGCUCAGCGGACGCAGCAGCUGCUGGAGCUGAAUGGUCAGUGGGAAGAGCAGAAGCAGAGGACAGCUCGGGACCACGAGGCAGCACUGAAUAAACUGAAAGUGGAGGCGGAGAAGAUGGCAUUAGACCUGAAAAAGAUACACGCGGCAGAAACGGAGAAAGCCUUGGACAAGGCAAGCAGCCGGCUGAAGCAGACUGAGAAGGAGUACGGCCAGAAGCUGGCGAAAUCCUCGCAGAUCAUAGCUGAACUUGAGACAACCAUUUCCUCUCUGACGGAGGAGAGCAGCCGGCAGCAGCUCGCUGCAGAGCAGCGCCUCCAGGAAGUUCUACAGAAGUUUGAAGAUAUGAAGCAGCAGCUGAUUACAGAUAAUGACAGAGCAAUCAAGGCCUUACAGGAUGACGUGGAAGGUUACCGCACCCAGGCGCGGGCCGCAGAGAAGAGGCUGCAGAGCAGGGAACUGGAGUUCCACGAGCAGAUAACCCUUAUACGACAAGAAUAUGAAACCACACUCAAAGGUCUGAUGCCAGCAUCUUUGAGACAGGAACUUGAAGACACCAUUACAUCUUUAAAAUCUCAGGUAAAUAUUCUGCAGAAAAGGCUCUCCCUCAUGGAGGAGGUGAAUGCCCACCACGCCAAGAG